AUGCCUAACCUGGCGCCGUCCCUGAGCCUAACGGCCAUCACGGCCACAGCUUCACUGUCUACCCCCUCCCUCGCGACCGCUCUAUCCGCUGCCGAUAUCUCUUCUCCCCCGCCUUUUCCGCCGCCAAUUCCGUCAACAAUGACAGGGUGGAUUGGUUGGGUGUUUACCAUUGCCUUGCAGGUCGUCCCGCGAGCCCUGUACUGGUUCAUCACCUUUACCACUAUCACCUUGCCCACAUGGCUAUUUACCUUGUUCUCUAUGAGCCUCACGUUCACUAUGAAUUUCACCACUCUCUUGUUAAUCCUCCUGGCCAUGGUCUCGACCGUGAGCUGGUUCAUUCGCUACCGCUUUAUGAACAUGUACAGUCGCCUACCUCCGGAGCCCCAGCGCAAAGAAGCCCAGGUCGAUCUCUUCCCUGAUAUCCAAGAUGGCGACUCCAAACCGGGAUUGGCCAACUACCUCGACGAGUUCCUGAGCGCGAUCAAAGUCUUUGGUUACCUAGAACGACCGGUCUUUCACGAAUUGACUCGGACCAUGCAGACAAGAAAACUGAUCGCCGGCGAGACCCUGAUGUUGGAGGAAGAAAAAGGCUUCUGUUUGGUGGUAGAUGGCCUGGUCCAGAUCUUCGUCAAGUCAACUCGGGAGGGCAAGCGCGAGGAAGAGAAAUUAAACCUGGAUGACGCAACUUCGGAAGAUGAAGAAAGCAGUCCAGGCGGCCAGGGCUAUCAACUGCUGACAGAGGUGAAGAACGGCGCUUCCAUGUCGUCGCUCUUCUCCAUCCUGCAGUUGUUCACCGAAGAUAUCAAACUGCGUAACACCUCUAGUUCCAGUUCCAGCAACUCCAGUGUAGCACCGCCUCAUACCCCACGAGCUCCAGAAUCCCUUCCAGUGAGUCCUGGUAUGGGCAUGCUGGGGAGUCCACAGUCAGGAACAGAUGAUCACGACAUAACACCUGGUCUUCAUGACUUCGGUGAUGCGCUACCGACAGUUCCUCCAUUGAACUUGGGUGAGAGCCAUAAUACCCUUCCUCGGCGACCUGCACGGCCACAAUUCACUCGGCCAUCUCACAGACGACGAAAGUCGGUGCAUCCAGAUAUUGUUGCCCGAGCCACAGUGGAUACGACUAUUGCAAUUAUUCCCGCGAGCGCAUUCCGUCGGUUGACUCGAGUCUACCCCAGAGCGACCGCCCAUAUUGUGCAAGUAAUCUUGACUCGUCUCCAAAGAGUGACAUUCGCGACCGCGCACUCCUACCUGGGCUUAGCAACCGAUGUGCUGGGCAUUGAGCGACAAAUGGCCAGAUACACUUCCUAUGAUCUGCCCAAUGAUCUGCGCGGCAGUGCUUUGGACAGGUUGAAGAACAAAUUCAUGCAGGAGCGAGAUCGCCUUGGUCCGGAAGAAGUUGUUAAGGGCAUCGCUCUCCACAACCCAGCGGUGGGACGGAGACGCCGUUCCAGUAGCUCCCUCCGAAAGGAAGCGGUUUUACAAGCCCGCGUGGACGGAGCAAGCCGGCCACUCGCCCUGACACCCCAGAGGCGACCCAAACUUCACUACAACGAGAGAGAGUCGAACGGAGUCAGUCCGGGCGACUUGCUAUCCACAAUCCAGCUCUCCCGUUUUGGACAUCGUCCCGAUAAUAUGGGCCCCAGCCUUCUCAGCCCCUUAACAGAGCGAGAGCGUCCUCUAUUCCGACCAGCUGCGGGUCUUGAUGGCUUGCCACCAUCUCCCUUCCAGCGAAAGGAAUCAGUAGACGAGGAAACGUUGUUCCGCGAGUCCAUUUUGGAAUGCAUGAUGAAGGGAAUUGGUUUGAUGGAGAGUACACGGGAUGCUCUUCGAAAAGGCAGCCAUGCCUCCGGUGAUGCGUCACCCAGACUGCUGUCGUACGACUCUCGACGACAGAAGGCUGUGUUCUCUAAUGCAUUUGGGUUCAUCGAUCCCUAUGAAGGAUCGGGGGAUGGCGAGACGGAGUCUAUGAUGUCCAUGUCUGUGACCAGUGCUGGGGGAACAUCACCAGUGAUCAAUCUGCGAGAGGAGCUGCGCCACGAUAUUGAAGUGGUUUACUUCCCCCAAGGCUCAGUUCUUGUAGAACAGGGUGAGCGUCACCCUGGUCUUUACUAUGUGAUCGAUGGAUUCUUAGAUGUGGGUGUCCCUGUCAAUGAACGGGGGGAGGACCUCGUUGGUUCGUCACGUUCUUCGGCGAAUACACAAGAGGAUCUUUUCCCUCCACUGGGCCGAACCGCAACGGGCUCUUCUCGUGCUUCAGGCACAGGUGCCACUGACUCUCGCCGCAAGACUCAGUCGCGCAAGUCACUCUACCUGAUCAAACCUGGAGGCAUGCAAGGGUACGUCGGUGCCCUAGCCUCUUAUCGCUCAUACACAGACGUCGUUGCAAAGACAGAUGUCUACGUGGGAUUCCUGCCUCGUGCAUCUCUAGAGCGGAUCGCAGACCGGUACCCCAUUGCACUAUUGACCCUGGCAAAACGCCUGACGAAUCUCCUUCCCCGUCUGCUCCUUCACAUUGACUUUGCGCUCGAGUGGGUGCAAGUAGGCGCAGGACAACCUAUCUACCACCAAGGAGAUGAAAGUGACGCGAUUUAUCUUGUGCUGAACGGCCGUCUGAGAUCGGUCUUGGAAGGGCCCAAUGGCAAGAUGACCGUCAUUGGUGAAUAUGGUCAAGGCGAGAGUGUUGGGGAACUCGAGGUCAUGACCGAAUCUACUCGGCCAUCGACUCUCCAUGCAAUUCGAGAGACUGAGUUGGCCAAGUUCCCUCGAUCACUUUUUAAUAGUCUGGCUCAAGAGCAUCCAGGAAUCACCAUCCAAGUGUCCAAGCUGAUCGCUCAGCGCAUGCGUGACUUGGUCGCACAUCCUCUAUCUGAGAAAGGAUUCGAGCAGGCUCAUGUCGGUGGCGUCCAGACUGCGACAUCAACUGUCAACCUCCGCACAGUUGCUAUCGUGCCAGUCACUGCAGGAGUUCCAGUAAUUGAAUUUGGUCACCGGUUGCUGAAUGCCUUGCACCAGGUCGGUGUGACAAGAGGAGUGACUUCCCUUAACCAAGCUGCGAUUCUGAACCACUUGGGCCGCCAUGCCUUCAGCAAGAUGGGCAAGCUCAAGCUCUCGCAGUACCUGGCAGACCUGGAAGAGAAGUAUGGCUUGUUACUAUAUAUCGCUGAUACUAAUGUCAAUACACCAUGGACACAGACCUGCAUCACGCAAGCAGAUUCCAUCUUGCUGGUGGGUGUCGCGGAGUCGUCGCCCAGGAUCGGAGAAUAUGAGCGAUUCUUGCUUGGCAUGAAGACUACCGCCCGGAAGGAGCUGGUGCUUCUUCACUCCGAAAGGUACUGCCCGCCCGGCUUGACACGACGUUGGCUCAAGAACCGGUUGUGGAUCAAUGGCGGUCAUCACCAUAUUCAAAUGUCAUUCCGCCUGACCACUGAGCCAUCUCAUCCCCACCCUAAGAAAUUUGGUACUGUUCUCAAGCAGCGUGUCCAGAUUUUACAGGCCGAGAUCCAAAAGUAUACCUCACGACGUAUUCAGCAAACGCCUUUGUAUUCAUCCCAGACUCCUUUCAAGGGCGAUUUCCACCGCCUCGCUCGCCGGCUAUGUGGAAAGUCUGUUGGACUUGUGCUGGGUGGAGGAGGUGCGCGCGGUAUCGCUCAAGUUGGUGUGAUCAAGGCACUCGAAGAAGCUGGAAUCCCGAUUGAUAUCAUCGGUGGCACUUCUAUUGGUUCGUUCAUUGGAGCCCUUUAUGCACGAGAUGCCGACGUGGUUCCCAUGUAUGGCCGCGCAAAGAAAUUCUCCGGCCGCAUGGGGAGUAUGUGGCGGUUUGCACUGGACCUCACCUAUCCCACGGUUUCGUACACGACUGGCCAUGAGUUCAACCGCGGCAUCUUCAAAACAUUUGGCGACAGCCAGAUUGAGGAUUUCUGGCUCGAGUUCUAUUGUAACACCACCAACAUCAGCCGGUCCCGCGCAGAAUACCACUCGUCGGGAUAUGUGUGGCGGUACGUGCGUGCGUCCAUGUCGUUAGCUGGCUUGAUUCCUCCUAUCUGUGAUGAAGGCAGCAUGCUCUUGGACGGUGGAUAUAUCGACAAUCUCACGGUGGCGCACAUGAAGAGUCUUGGCGCAGAUGUCAUCUUCGCCAUCGAUGUGGGAGCGCUCGACGACAACACACCCCAGGUCUACGGCGACUCAUUAUCCGGAUUCUGGUCGACGUUCAACCGCUGGAAUCCCUUCUCAUCUAUUCCCAACCCACCCACACUUUCUGAAAUCCAAGCCCGCCUCGCAUACGUCUCGUCCAUUGAUAAUCUGGAACGAGCCAAAAAGAUGAGCGGUUGUCUUUACAUGCGCCCACCAAUUGAUCCGUACGGAACACUCGACUUUGGUAAAUUCGACGAGAUCUAUCAGGUUGGAUACGCAUAUGGCAAGGAGUUCCUCGAGCGUCUUAAGAAUGAGGGAUCUCUCCCAAUUCCCGAAGAGACGGAGGAAAAGCGCAAGUUGCAGCGGACUAUGGCUCCCAGACGAGCCAGUAUCUAA